CUACAUCGUGAGUCUUCAUCCGAACGCGAUACAGUGUGCGCCUCGUUAAUAUCUUCUAUACUCUCGAUUCGCCGUUCCACAUCUCCAAUGUGAAUUGUAGAUUAUUCUUUAAAUCCCAGAUUUUCUGGGUCAACAUGGUGUCGAUUAAAAUAGCAAUUUUUUCCCUCGGUUCUAUUUUAUCAUUCAUUCAAAAUGUUAUUUCAAUUGAUUUUAAAAAUCAUGACUGUUUACGACCGUGUAAUACUGGGAAAUCAUCGAAAAAUUGUCGAUAUGAUUUUUAUAUUAGUGAAGUCAAUUUAAAUAGGCGAUGCAACGAGUCACAGGAAGAAAAUAAUGACCAAUUAUUCUGUUUGGCGAAUAAAACACACAAAAGUCCUUUGGCAGUUAAUGGAAAAAGUCCCGGACCAUCAAUUGAAAUAUGUUUAGGAGAUACUUUAGAAGUGUAUUUAUAUAACAAAUUGGAUUUUGAAGUAUCAUUUCAUUGGCAUGGAAUUCAUCAGAAAGGAUUUGUUCAUAUGGAUGGUGUUCCUAUGAUAACACAAUGUCCCAUUUUACCAUUUAGUGGAUUUCGAUAUAAAAUGAAACCAGAUAAUGCUGGUACAUACUUUUAUCACGCACAUUCUGUAUUGCAACAAGGUGACGGUUUGUAUGGAGCAUUAAUUGUUCGAACUCCAGAAGAUGAUUCUAAUUUUGAAAAAAUUGUUCAUCUUUCAUCGAGAACUAAAAAAGCAUUAACGAUAUUUCCUCAGCAAAAACUGCCUGUACCUAAUGAAUUAUUAAUAAAUGAUCAGGGGAAUGGCACACAAAUAGAUGUCGAAAAAGAUGCUCGUUAUUUAUUUCGUUUCAUUAAUUCUGCUGCUUUUAAUUGUCCAAUUUCGUUAUCUAUUGGAAAACAUCAAUUGAGAGUAACAGCAACUGAUGGAAAUGAAGUCAAAAAUUUAGAUUCAGCAUCUCAUAUUAUCAUCUUUCCAGGAGAAAGACUGGAUGCAAUUCUUGAAACAAAUCAAACACCGGGAAAAUAUCAAAUAAUUCUCCAAGGACUUAUGGAAUGUCGUAAUUUAUUUCUUGAAGUUUAUCUUUUUUAUUUGAAUUCAAAUGUAAUGGACGUAAUUGAAGAUACGAGUAUUUAUUUAAAUUCAAAUAAACUUUCUCAAUUAGAACGGGGAUACGAUUGUGAUAAAGUGUCAAAAAAUGUAAUAUGUAGUUUAGAUUUGAAAUCAAAUGAGAAAUUUUUAUUAUCUGAUGAAACUGAUGAAACAAUUGUGAUUCCAUUUGAUGUUAAUAAUUUUGAAAGUAUCACUGAUGAAAUGACUGAUGAGAAUUUUAACAUUUACGAUUAUUCCUAUUAUCCAUCGUUUCUAAGUUUACUAACAAAUGGCACACAAAUAGCACAAAUAAAUGGAAUGACAUUUCAAUAUCCUUCGUCGCCAAUUUUAUCACAACCUGAAAAUACACCAGAGGAUUUGAUUUGUUCAUUGGAAAGUCGUUCAAAAAUGUGUGAAAACACACCAGUUUUUUGUGAAUGUGUGCAAAUUUUGGAAUUACCACCAAAGAAAAUUGUUGAUUUGAUUUUAAUUGAUGAAGGAUUUGGUGGUAACACCUCGUAUACUUUUCAUGUCCAUGGAUAUAGUGUAAAUAUAAUAGGACGCAAUAAUUUUCAACAACCAAUUUCAAAAGAAGAAAUUAUUAAUAUGCAUCGUAAUAAAAAAUUGCAGUAUAAUUUAAAAGAUCCUCCAAAGAAAGAUACUUUUGUUGUUCCAAAUAAAGGAUACGUCAUUCUUCGUUUUCAAACGGACAAUCAUGGUUAUUGGCUGUGGGAGGUGAGAAGUACUGGAAUUUCACCUGCGACUUCAGGACCUGGUAUGCAAUUUUUAAUGCGUGUUGGAAGUCGUGAAAAUUUACCUGUCGUUCCAUUAAAUUUUCCCACUUGUGGAAAUAAUAAAAAACCUGGCAUGAUAUUUGAAACGGAAAUUGAAAUAUAAAUCUUUCAUGCUGUAUUAUGUAAAGUGUAAAAAUUUUGUUGUGUCUCAUUUAUAAUGCACAAUUUAUAGUACCUAAUGUAUUUUUUUACAUAUUUAAAUUUUAUUUAUUUAUAUUUCAUUAAUAAAUUAUUUAAUUUAUUCGUAUAUACACUGUAUAUUUACGUGAAACGUGAAAUAAAUGAGAAAGAAAUUA